AUGAUGGAAAGUCUGAAGAACAAUCUGGUACAAGCUUGUGACGGUGAGAAGAUCACACUGCACUGUCCGAGGAAUACGCACAUUUUGAUCGAGAACACUUUCUAUGGACGAUUGGUGCCCAGCUCUGAACUUUGCCCGUCAUCGGCAGCCGCACACAGUAGUUCCGGUGAAACUAUGGCACCGCCGUCUCUAGAGGAUACGAGUUGUGAUAUUGCUGAGGCGCAUUCGGUUUGUUGCAUUCGAAAUUCGACGAGUUUCACUCAUGCUUGCCNCAGCAGCAGCAUUUUCGUCUCUUUUAGUGGCAUUUUUAUGCUCGUUUUAUCUUGUUCGUUGUACACAUAUAUUUAA